GCUACUGGAUUAUCUCGGCCGACAACAACGGUGCUAGGUGAAAGCCUGCUUUUGACACCCACGAAGCGUGCCACUUCACCUGAACUUCGAGAAUCUGAUUUUCGUCCUACUGGAGUUCAACCUCGUUUCCGACCCGAUCAACAAUCUGAGUGGUUGACUUCCGAUCUGAAGUCUGGUACACCGAAUGCCGCUUCCGUAUUUCCCAAGACUCCCGGUUUUCCUUUGGAAUCUGUCGACCUGAAUCCUAGUGUGUCUCUGAAUGCAUCUAUUGGUGUUUCAUCGAGCCAGAUUUCCACUGUUACGGCCAAACCUUCGUUCCGUGUUCCAGAGUCGCUUCACGCCGGAAUGACACCCGGGUGGCCUAUGCAGCCAAGUGGACUAAAUCCUAACGCGGUUGCGUUUCAGCCUUCAGCAUUCCAGCAACCAACCACCACCGCACAUCACUCAUCAACAAAUACACAUACAACAUCUACUGUGGAAUCAUCCGCUCCGUUAGUUUCCGCUGCUGCAUUACGAAACGAUUUCUCAGAGCUAUCUGGCUCUGAAGUUUUAAGUGGCACAUAUAAUCUUGAUGCUGCGCUUUCAACUGGUGGGAUGCGUUCUACUGGACCUGUGAAAUCUGUUCUCCCUACAGGCAUGCAUGCAUCUGUGCCUCAGCAAGCUCAGUCGCUUCCAGUCGGUUCUCUGGCUGGCUCUGCCUCAUCGUCUGUGGGAAUGAGCGCUCCAACCUUUGCUUCACACAAUACAACUGUAGCCCCCACGAUUCGCCCAAAACCAUUGCUUUCGGUGACACCAAACAUCUACGUCGAUCAGAGGAGUGCAUCGCAGAACGGUUACCCUCCAAAUAGUGUUAGCGUGGCACAAUUGCAGUCUUCAUCAUCUCUUUUGACUAAUGCUCAGCUUCGUCCCAUGUUUGCGACCGGGCAACAACCAACCCCACCGCAACCGCCGACUAUUGGUGCAAGCCAUCUCCCUGGUGCCCUGACCCAAGCUCAGCAGAAUGCGGUCUCAACGCGGUUGGGAGGAGGUACUUCACCUCAUCCGAUGUUAAACAGUCAGACCCAGAUGCCAGUUGGUCCUAGCUCGUAUACACCUCCGCCGUACGUGCCAGGAUAUAUACAACCCAAUGCACCUGGUCAAACACCUAACAACAUGUCGAUGGCAGCAGCACAUCCAAGUGGAGCGUAUAAUCCGCAUCUUCUUAAUGGUGUUGGUCCAUCUGUCCCGUUGCUAGGAGGAGGUACUCUUAUGGGUGCUUCUACGAGCAUGCACCAAACUUCAGCGGUUCAACCACCACCUAUCCAACCUAUUGGCGCUGAAAGACGCCGUCAAACCGUAACGACACUCGCGUCUACGGGCGCUCCACCAUCUAACAUGAUCUAUUCAGCUCCGACAAGCAACGGUACCGGUUUGAAUCCAUUUGGUAUGUCUAAUGCAACCAUCGGCAAUCAAUCUUCCUCCUUGCAUCCUCAAGCUCCUUCACCACAGCAGCCUUCGGCUACUUCCAAUCCUAACGGAUUGUUCAUGGCAUUGACUAUGAACUGGGUGCAACAACAGCAGCAGCAACAACAGCAACAGCAGCAGCAACAACCGCAGCAAUCACAAGCACCACCCCAACAUUGGUUAGGCGCCAGUGGGUCUUCGCACACUGGUCCUACGUCGUGGCAAACCCCCAUGUGGCCUCCCUCUACAGUUGGUGGAUCAUAUCCUGCAGGUGCUUCAUCCGGCUCUAUGCCUUCCAACAAGUUGUCCACAGGUGCGAUCCCUGAUUACAGUGCGUUUAACAAUGUCAAUCUUGUCCCUGGCGCCAUGCCUACAGGCAACGGCUCAUCGGACAAUCAGCAGCAGACGCAACAAUCAAUGGUGGCAGCAGCGAUGGCUGCAGUAGCCGGUAUGUAUCCAUGGAAUGGUGCUCCCUCGACAGGUUCAGGUUUAGGCAAUGCGAACACUUCUCUUGGAUCCGGUCAAAACCGAUGGGUUUAUCCUUCCCAGCUGGGCUCGGGCUAUCCAAACACGGCACCGGCUCCACCACAUCAAACGGCCUUUUUCUCCGAUCCGUUAGCUUCUCUCAAGCAGUCUGGAGUUCACAACUCUGGUAGUUCCCAUCACGCGCAAUCAGUUCACCGACCUGCUCACGAGUAG